UUUCCUCUCGAGAGACACGGUAAGAAAAGAAGAAAAAGAAGCCACGUAAAAAAAGUAAAAGCGUUGCACUCCCCACCUCAACACCCUCCCGCCCUCAUUACUCAUUCCCUUAGAACGAAGCAACAGCACAUCAUAAGGUCCACUGCCUCAAAGAAAACACCGUGAUAGAAAGAGGAGAGAGAGAGAGAGAGAGGAAUGACAACGAUGAGCCGUCUUCUACCGCUGCUGCUAUCCCUUCUCCUCCUCCAAGUCUCCCUCCUGGCCGCGCAGCCCGCUCUGCCCGAGCCUGACGCCGCUUCCAUUCAGCUCAUACCCUCCACCUCCUCUGCCGCUGCUGGUGGCGCCUCCUCCUCUUCCCCUCCGGCCACCAUUCCCGCCUUUCCCGAGCAGUCCGACGUCUCCACAGCCGCCUGUCCCCUCGACCCCCCUUCCGACCUCCUCCCUUCCGUCUCCGCUGCCUGCGUUGCCUCCGAUGACAGUCUUCCCUCCCGCUCCCGGUGUUGCCCCACCCUCAACGCCUGGCUCCUCGCCGCCUACUCCGCCUCCGCCCUCGCCGCCCACCCGCCGCCGUCCUCCGGCUACGACCUGCCCGCCCUGCCCGACGAUUCCGAGGCGUGCAUCGGCGGCGUGGAGCGCGCUCUCCGGGACCACGGCGUGGAUCUGCCGCGCGUGAACGGCACGUGCGACGCGGCGUAUUGCUACUGCGGCGUCCGCCUCCGGCGGCUAGCCUGCGCGGGGGCGUUCGUGGCCGAUGCCGCGGAGGGGCGGUGGGUCCCGGCGGGAGACGCCGGGAGGCGGCUGGAGAGGGACUGCUCUCGUUUCGGAUUUGCCGGGUGCACUCGGUGCCUCCGUUCCCUCAACCAGCUAAAGUCCGAAGAGAAACGAGGCAUCGGCAACGCAACCAAGUGGGACAAGAAGGCGGGCCCAACUCAAGACCGGGAAUGCCAACUGAUGGGGGUGACGUGGCUCCUGUCAAAGAACCGGACGCACUUCCUGCCGGCCGCCACCUCUGUACUCCGGGUGCUCAUGGCGGCCGACGGCGUCGGCGGUCCCGAUCCCACCUCAUGCACUCUCUCCCUCGACGACAUGCCGCUCGCCGUCGGAUCCGACCAGAUCGAUAGCCGUGGCGGAUCCUCCACCGUCCGAUCUCUGCCCUUGUUCCAGCUCUUCCAGAUGGCCACCUUUGUCCUAUUCGCACUCUUCCAUGUCUAGUUUGUGCCCGAAAUAAAGAAAAGAAUUUAAAUGACU